UGCAGCUGCCCUGACUGGCGUGGGGGCCACAGCGGGAAGGGGUGGGGUCCCGCAGAGACCUGUGUGUGGCCCCCGCGCGGGCUGGCCUGCCCGGGCAGUAGGUAAUGGCAGUGUGGGGUGAGGCGACACUGGCGCCCGGUUGUCUUUGUCAGGAAGCAGGACCCUCGGGCCUGCGGAGCCCGGAAGCACAGCCGGCCACAGCCCCGCCGGCUCAGCCCCGAGGAGACAGGCAGGGCCCCGGGCAGGCGCCGCCCGCGCCCAGCCCGGCGCGCCCCGCCGCGCGCCCGCGGCAGCAUGAGCCAGGCCGAGCGCUCCACCUGCGCGGCGCCCCCGCAGCGCGUCUUCCAGGAGGCCGUGCGCCGCGGCAACACGCAGGAGCUGCAGUCGCUGCUUCAGAACAUGACGAGCUGCGAGUUCAACGUCAACUCGUUCGGGCCCGAGGGCCAGACGGCGCUGCACCAGUCGGUCAUCGACGGCAACCUGGAGCUGGUGAAGCUGCUGGUUAAGUUCGGCGCCGACAUCCGCCUGGCCAACCGCGACGGCUGGAGCGCGCUGCACAUCGCGGCGUUCGGCGGCCACCAGGACAUCGCGCUCUAUCUCAUCACCACGGCCAAGUGCGCGGCCGGCGGCCGGUGACCCGCGCCGAGCGGACCCCGCGCGGCCCACGCGCGGCGCCGCUGCGGCCCUUCCCGCCAACUACCUCCCGCGCCGCGCCCACGGCCGGGCCCCGCGCCCCGCCGGUGGCCGCCGGGCCGGCGGCGCUUCCCACGCCCCGCCCGCGGCCGCGGUGGGGGCGGGGCGCGGCUGCGCCUUUGAAAUCCGAGCGCGGCUCCCGGCGAGGCCGGAAUCCCGCGACACCGGAUCCGCCGCUGGACGUGCUUCCCGGAGCCGGAGCCGGAGGCGGGGCCGCCGGCCGGGCCCCGCCCGCAGGACCGCGGCGCCGCCCGGGAGACCGGUCCGACUCCGCACCGUGCGUGCGCACCGGGGACAGUGCGCUGCCUUUGUUUGGGACUCUGCGUGGUCGUGGGAGAUGCGUUUUUCCUUUUCUUACAAGAAAAACUUGAUCUGUCGUUUCUUGGUUGCACUGAACGCCGCCAGCCCGAGGGCUUCACUGCUGCUGCCUCUGCGCCCGGCUCUCCCCGCCCCUCCGCCCCCC